CUCAUCUUAGUUCGAACAAAGAAUUUGACAAGUGUUAUAAUCCUGAGGUGGUUCAGAAUUGAACUCUUUUCUCAAAGUUUGUCAGGACUCCAAUAGGAAAUAUGCGUUUUACACUUGUGUUUCUGGUUCUGGCCCUCGCGGUCAUGGUGACUAAAGCGUUGUGCCCAUGUCCAAAAAUUUACAAUCCACUCUGUGCCAGCAAUGGAAGAACUUAUAUCAACCCGUGCUUAUUUGAAUGUGUGGUAAUGGAAGCAAAGAGACAAGGAGAUGAGAAUGCAGAAAAUGAGUUAUUCGUCAUUCAUACUGGUCGGUGUUCUGAUGAUCCAGGAGAAUAUCAAAAGGAAGAUAAUUUUUUGAACCUUUAUAAAUGAUUCUCAAACAUCACAUAAUAUUUCAUUAGACUUUAACACAAAACAUAGUAAAUCACCGACUCUUAUUUCAGUCCGCAACAGUAUACAAAUUGGCAGUGUCUAUGUAUACAACAAAAUUAGGCUAUUUGGACCGAAAUUUCGUUACAAAUAGUCCAUUUUCCAGGUCCCGCUGUUCGUACCAAAAAAAUAUGGCUAUUUUAGCGAAAUUUCAGUACACGUUGUAACAGCUACACAAUUUUUGAACCAAUCGACAACUAGCUACGUUCAUAGAUGAAAUAUUUUGGAUGAUUUGAGAUUAAAAUAAUAACCUGUAAUUUUCCGUACUUAAACCAUUUUUACUGAUACCUAUUUUUUGUACUGAAUGAGACAAGAUUGUGAAGACUUUCCUGCAGUAGAUAAUAAAGAAUAUGUGCAU